AUGUUCAACAACGAUGCGCUCAAGUACGCACUCCCCAUCAUUCCGGUGCGCCGAACGGAGAAGCCCGGCGUUAACUCGCAGGUCGAAGUGGAGUUGUCAUCUACCGAAAAAAGGGACAUUGACAAAAAACGUGAUGCUUGCAUCGACUUCUUCGAAGAUUUUCGAAAGCACCUGGGCCAGAAAGGGAGCUCAGUCGAUGAUAAACUGAGCACAAGUGCGGGAUGCGAGAAGUAUGUGAAGGAUCUCGUUGAUCUGAUCGAUGCGUAUACCGUGGCUCUUGCCAAUACUGCUUCGAAAACGCCAAAGUUUGCCAGCCUCCGGUACUACUACUGGAGCUCUUCGCUUACGGACAAACAGGAGAUGGCUUUUGACGACUAUCGAUAUGAACUUCUCGGGGUGUACUACAACGUUGGUGCCAUUCUCAUGAACAUUGCUCAGUACUUGCUUUGCGUGAGAGUGACAGUAGGAACGCUCUCUUUCCUUGAAAAGGACGCCUACCGCGCCCUCAUCAAGGCGUCUGCCUACUUUCACUUUUGCGCCGACAUCGUUGACAACAUGAAGAAGCACGAGAUUGGUGUUGCACAGGUAUCAGUUCCUCUCGAUGUGGACAAGGGAAUGGCUGUUUUUCUUGAAAGCCUGGCACUUGCCCAAGCCCAGGAAAUAGGUGUGUCGAAGGCGUUGAAUGCUGAUCCCAAGGAAAGCACAGAAACCACUGCCCGCCUCAGCCACCAGCUCUUUCUCAUGUACGAGACUGUGUGCGCGAAUGCUCGCACCGUAAAUACCCGCAACGAGGGCUUUGUGGAGAUUUCAACACUCGUUGUCGUGAAGCGCGACAUCUUCCACGCACUCGCCUUUCAGCAUGCAGCGUCUCAUCUCUUUAACAAGAACCCAGGAGCUGGAGUCACCCUUCUAAGCCAGGGAAUGGAGCACGCGAGGAUUGUAGAAGACUAUUUCACCCAGUCUCAAAAGGGCAAGUUGAAACUUCCCUUCAACGGCACGCGGUUCGUCGGGCUGUGCAACACAACCGUUAGCAACAACACGGAGCGCCUCAACAAAAUAAACUCACUGGUUCACCGAGCCAAGCCCGAUGUGACGAAAGCGUCAUUGCCGCCUCCACAGCCGCUUGCGAUGCGCCCAGACAUCUCGCCUCCGUUCCGGCUAGAGGAAUCGCCCAGUGCGUGUACCAUUCCAUUGCUCCCACGCAACGCUCAGUGA